AUGGGCGACCUGAACACCACAAACACCCCACCCAAAACCGCCAUCGACCUCCUCUCCCAGCCCCUCACCCUCCCUUGUGGUCUCACCCUUCCCAACCGCCUCGUAAAAUGCCCCAUGCAAGAAACUCUCGCCGAACCCCCCAACUUCGAACCCCCAAUCUCCAAGUUCCAGAAUCUCUACAAAAUCUGGUCUGAAUCGCAGUACGGUCUACUCAUCACCGGACAGGUGCAGGUCGAUAUCCGGUAUUUCAGCAUCGCUGGUGAUGUCUGCACUCACCCUGGUAGUACAUUCGGUCAGGUAUUAGAUACAUGGAAGGAGUGGGCAAGCAUAGCUCAGAAGAACGGGACGCCUUGUAUCGUGCAAUUAGCGCAUCCGGGGAGGAUGAGUCCCGCUGGAGCUGGGAAUAGAGAGGCUGGUGAGCCGCCGCUUUGUCCCAGUAGUGUGCCGGUGAAGCUGGGCGAUGGGUGGUUAGAUAAGUUGGCGUUGGACAAAGUGCUUGGAACGCCGAAGGAGAUGAGUCACGAAGAUAUCGAUCAAGCGGUCGAGAACUUCGUGAGAGGCGCUGUGGUUGCGAGGGAUGCUGGGUUCGCGGGGUGCCAGAUCCAUGGCGCGCACGGGUUCUUGGUCUCGCAGUUCUUGUCACCGCAUACGAAUCGGAGGACCGAUGAGUAUGGUGGGAGCUAUGAGAAGCGGAUGACGUUGCUGAAGAGGCUGGUCAGGGAGAUCAGAGCGAGGUGUCCGCCACCGUAUUGCCUUGGGGUGAAAUUGAAUAGUGCGGAUUACAUGUCAGGGAGCGAGGGCCUGCAGCAAGAGGAGGCGCUAGAGCAGAUGAAGUGGCUGAUCAACUGUGGCAUGGUGGACUUCGUUGAGUUGAGCGGCGGAAAUGCUGAGCAGAAGACUUCCGGACUACAGUCAUCAUUCGGCAAGAAGACGAUGAGCUCGGCGCCGAGAAAGAGAGAGAGCACCAGGAUAAGGGAAGCAUUCUUCACAGACUUCGCAGAGAAAGUCCAAGCCCUCAACUCCCCAAUUCCAAUCCAACUCAGCGGAGGGUUCCGAAGCCGCACAGGAAUGGCUGAUGCCAUAGAGAGUGGAGUCUGCGACAUGGUCGGGUUAGGUCGUGCUGCUGUUCUCGAGCCAGAGCUACCGCGCAAAACUUUGCUGAAUCCUGAAGUUGAUGAUGAUACUGCUAUCGGUAUCUCGCAUCAGAUCCAAGGAUUGUGGUUCACGAAGUUCGUGCCCACGAAGGUCAUUGGAGGGAGACUGCCGAUCCAAUUCUUCUACUACAACAUGCGAAGACUGGGGAAUGGCAUGAUGAGCGAUCCGAAUGCUACGUUGCCGUUUAUCUUCUUUCAUAACCUGUGGCGUGGACUGAAAGCGUCUGUGCUUGCGUCCUUGCAGAGGCUCAUGAUGGUGAGAGCCGCGAGCUCGGGUCAGCCUUGA